AUGGUUUCUAAGUUCCACAAUGGCAAUCUUUCGUCAAUCCCAGCAGAUUCAGAGAUUUUAGAUGCCUUUCAGCAGAUCGACCCCAAUAAGGCUCCAAUGCAUGAUGGAAUGUCAAAUAUCAUAUCUCCCAUGCAAUCAGUGUUUAUUAAAGGAAGAAUCAUUCAUGAUAACGCAAUGAUUGCGAAGGAAAUUAUUCAUUCAAUGAAUAGGAGGAAAGACAAAGAUGGCUUCAUGCUGAUGAAACGAGAUAUGGAGAAUGCCUAUGAUAGAGUUGAUUGGGGCUUCUUGCAACAUGUUCUAACAUGUUGGGGAUUCUCAAACACUUUUAUCAGAUGGAUAAUGCUUUGUGUAUCCACAUCUCAUUUUACUUUGCUACUCAAUGGUAGCCAUUUCGAUGGCAACAAUAGCCAAAAGCUGAAGCUAUCAUUGAACGUGUUAAUAAGUACUACAACUGGUUUGGUAGUGAACAAUGCCAAGUUGUCUGUCUACUUUUCUAGAGGGGUAGCCAAAGCGAAAGCUAUAGAUAUAGCUGAUUUUCUGAAUAUGAAAAUAAUAAGAAAAGAUAACAGAUACUUGACCCUCCCAAUGUUGUCUUCACGGGCACCAACGACGGACUUUAACUUUAUACUCGAAAAAGUGAAAGCUAGAGUUCAAGGGUUGAAGGCUAAAUUACUAUCCAAAGCAGCAAGGGCUACUUUAGUCCAAUCUGUUAGCCCCUCACUAGUUUCAUAUGUUGUGGCAUCGGGGCCUAUUCCUAUUGCCAAGGCAAGGAACAUGGAUAGAAUUUUGAGAUGA